GUCCCAAACCCGACACCAACCAGGAUGAUGCUCGGCGAACACCACCGUCCAAAUCCGACGGUUCACGUGCCUACUUGGCCGUCUCUUGAUGAGCUGACGGCUGAGGUUUACUCUCCUGUCAAAUACAAUGCCGCCGACAAUAACAGUCCGUUUUACCUACCAGAAGCCUUGGCUGCGCUUCAGCGCUACUUGCCGUCGAACGACCGGGAUGUUGAUUCUGAUUCCGAGUUUUCCGGGAUGGAGAACCCGGAUUCUCCGGUGGAUGCGUACUCCUGUGAUCAUUUCAGGAUGUACGAGUUUAAGAUUCGGAAGUGUGCCCGCGGGAGGUCUCAUGACUGGACGGAAUGUCCGUACGCCCAUCCAGGGGAGAAGGCCCGGCGGCGGGAUCCGAGGAAGUACCACUAUUCCGGGACGGCAUGCCCUGACUUCCGGAAGGGAAACUGCAGGAAGGGUGACUCCUGCGAGUUCGCACAUGGCGUUUUUGAGUGCUGGCUUCAUCCUGCGCGGUAUAGGACCCAGCCAUGCAAGGAUGGACCCGGUUGCAGGCGUCGGGUCUGUUUCUUCGCCCACUCGCCAGACCAGCUGAGAAUAGUUAACUCGGCAGAUUCUUAUGAUGGUUCACCUUCCAGCACUAAAACCCUUCCGUUCUGGUCUUCUCCGGGGUCGGUUUCCCCACCCCUGAGUCCUCGCGGGGAUUCAUCACCGCCUAUGUCCCCUAUAACGCAGUCACUAAGCCGGCCCCUUGGUGCGACUUCAAUUAACGACGUCGUAGCUUCGUUGAGGAGCUUACAGUUGAGUAAGGUAAACUCCAUGCCUUCUUCCUGGACCACGCAUGUUGGUUCCUCUUCUCCCCCCGUUUUCGGCUCUCCUAGAGGAGCCGUAAUACGACCCGGCUUUUGCAGCCUCCCAACCACCCCCACCACCACCAAGAAUCCUUCCCGUCCCGGUAUCGGGUUCCCGGACUUCUGGGACAAGAACUGGGAGGAGGAACCUGUGAUGGAGAGGGUGGAAUCGGGGAGAGACCUGCGUGUGAAAAUGUUUGAAAAACUCAGCAAGGAGAAUUCUUUGAAUCGGGUUGAUGAGGGUCAGUCUUCCGGACCUCCAGAUGUUGAUUGGGUUUCGGACCUAGUACAGUAAACCAUGUUUGGGAUUAUGCAAGUACGAGAUUAUUUUCCGAUUAUUUCCUUCACUGUGAAUAGUAUCCGCUAAGCAAGGAGCGAAUUCUGGAUAAUGGAAGUGAAGAUUCUGUACAAAUUUAAUUAAUAUUUGAAAAGUAUUAAGUUAUGGGGGUGAAGGGGAAAGAAAAGAGUAGAAUCUCUUUUUUGGAGAAUUUUCCGAGAGUUCAGAAACACAGAACUGAGAAAAUGGAAAAAGCAAAGCUCUGGUGUAGGUAGGAGAUAUAAGGGAUUGUUCCCUUUCUUAUUUUAAUGGUCGAUUUUCGUACUUAUUAAUUAUAAUCUGUUCUUCAUUGAGCUAAAUUAUUGUUUAAAAAAAAAACUCAGAGCUUUAUUAUAUUUUGAGCAAAACUUGGAGCUUUCUUCGCUAUGUUCCUACAAAUCAAUGCAUUGAAUAUUU